AUGCCGUUCUACUCUAUUACAGAGAAUAUUUUGGCUAAUCUGGCAAAGGCCCCAACUUUUCAAUACAGAGGCGUACCAAAAUUAAAGUCUGGUCAACAAAUUAAUUAUGAGGAACUAGAAAAGUUAUGUAAAAUCAAAGGACUUAAAACUGGAAAAAAAUCUCGGAGCACUGAAGAAGCACAUGAACUCUUCAUGAAAAAUUAUAAAAAAAUUUUCCAGAAAAAAAAGGUUAUCUUGCCCUACAUCCCAUCACCUCCUCCCAGAAUAGUAUCCCCUCAAACAACUGAAAUGGAAGUCCCUGAACAAGUUCACAAUAUUAGCAGUUAUCUUCAAGAAAUUCAUGGUAAAUCAGCCCGAGAGCUUGCACAAGAAUUUAAAGCGAACUUAGAAGAACUUAUUGCAAUCUUGAAGAAAUUCAAUUCAGAAUAUUUAACAUCCCAUGCUCUAUACAUCAUGAGUAUGUGAUUCAAAAAGAUUGAAGUCUUUGGACAUGAAUUGCAUACAUUGAAUCCUGCUGCCUCUACCUUAAGAUCUAAGAAUGCUUUAUUUGAUACUUGUUGCCAAGUAGUAUGUGAUCGAGUAUCUUCUUCUAAAACGCCCAUUUACAGGACACCUGGAGAACGUCGUUUUGUAUAUAAAAUGAUGACUACCAUGCCUGAUUUAGCAUCUCAAUUGACACCCGAAGAUUUUAAGGCACUUACUCAAAAUAUCACUGCUGAAACCUGGUCGAAAGGCAGCACAGUAAUUGCACAUGAUGGUUUUUAUGUCAUAUUGAGAGGCACUGUCCGGCCACAGUGUAGAACAUACAAAAAAAUGAUUCAUUUAGAGCCUUCAGAUUUUGAGAGUUUGACACCCUCGCCAUGUGAAUCUGAAGAAGAUUUUUUCGAUGAAAGUGCAAUGGCCGAUUAUGACGCUAUAUAUCAAUUCUUAAAUCCACUUGGUCCCUGCAGUGGCUUUGGUACAUUAAUAGAGAUGCCUCAACCUGUGUUGGGUUCAACCUUGUAUACCCUUAAGAUGGAAGAAGAUUGUGAACUUCUUAAAAUCAAUGCAAAGGACUAUAACAAGAUUAAAAAGGAACAAGCUAAAGUAGAAAAAAUGAAAAGGGAGAAGCUAAUCCAUAGGUGCCCCUAUUAUAAAAAUUGGCCUAAACUUUCUAUAGAUGAAUUAACUGAACACAUUAAAUGGAAGCGAUUCCCUCCAGGACACGCGUCCUAUACAAAAAAAAAGCGCAGGGGUGUUUUUAUGGGGAAAAUUCUUGAGAAUGAAUCCUUUGGCGAGAUCAGUGUGCUUCUUCAAGUACCUUUCACAUGCACAGUCAUUACUGGAUGCGAUGUUGAACUGGGAAUUAUCGAUGCUGAAGAUAUGCUAGAAUUGUCCUGGAUCAUUGCAUUGCUGCUAGUACAGAAGUCCAUUACAUUUGAUUAUAUCACAGAAGAGGAUGUCCAAAAUGAAUAUAUAACACGCCGACAACAUAAGGAAUGGAAAAUAUUCAAGAACAAAACAAUCCAGGACUCUUUGGAUUUCAAAGGAAUUAAACCUGAGAAUAGAAGAUGGUGCCAUUUCUGGGCAAGAGGAGAAGAUGACAAAUCAAUUUUCUAA